AUGGCUACACGUUUUCAAGGAAAAACUGUACCUAGUGGUCGAUUAACUCCAUCAAAUUCAGCAUCAUCAUCAACAAUAACAAAUUCAACUAUAUCAUUAUCAUCUCCAACGAUAAUUGUUAGUGGGAAUGGAGAAACUGAUCAGAUAUAUCUUGAACGUAUAAAAGCACGAGAAAUUAUUUCUGAAGCAUUAUUACAAGUAACUCGGAGUAAACCCGAGAAUCCAAUUGAUUUUCUUUAUAGUUAUUUUGAAAGUCAAUGCCAAACGGAUCCGUAUGAAAAAACAUUAACUCGUUUACGUCUUGCUGAUCCUAAACAUCCAUCUUUUAAUUCUCUGAUUGUUGAAUUGUAUUCAAAUUUUAAUACAUUAAAUGAUAAUGGUCUAUUGCUCAAAGGUGAUAUAUACAAUAAAUUAUUAGAAAAUCUUUGCAAUAAUCAAAUGUGGUCAGGAUCUAAAGAUCAUCGAACAACAUUACUAUCACGUGUUAGCCUUCGUCCGAAUGAUGCGAUUAGUUUUAAUGUAUUUAAAUAUGGUAUUCAAGCUGUUCUUCUAGCAAAAGAAUUUGAUAAAAUGGUUCGAUCAUUAUACAAUUCCUUGGCUAAUCAUACUGGUACAAGUUCGGAAAUAGAUCGAUCUUUAUGUGAAAUUCUUCUACAAAUGCUUACUGAUUCGCUGGAAAUAAUUAUCAAACCACACGUUGAUGCUCUCAGUCUUCAUGAAUCUAUUAUCAAAUUAAGUUCACAUCAAGUUAAACAAUCGCUAGAAGAACAUUGGUCACAAUCAAAAUUAAUAUCUAAAAAUCGAAUAACAUUAGAAGAAUUUCAAAAUCUAGCUAUGCCUAUUUAUUUAAAAACUAUUAAAAAAAUUCCUUAA